ACUGUCUUCUCAUUUCAGCGCUCAUGCUGUGACAUUACAACUGAAAUUACUAGGAAUGUACUUUUUCCCCUUGGGCAAUUUCAGUGUUGGCUCAUAAGGGAGUGGCUUUCUCUAUGGGCGUCUCUAAAAAGGCUAAAAAACUACAUAUAUAUAGACCUGCAGAGCCAGCUACUGUUAGAAGUCACUUGGCUGACAAGACAUAGAGCGAAGAGAAAAAAAAAACGCUACCAUGUAUACGAGAUCAGACAGCAUUGUAUUGUCUUUACCGACAAACAACUUUUUACAAGAUAGUUUUUCCUUCAGCUCAAUGCCACGUAGCAAAGAACCAGAGAUUUUCACCUUCGACCAUAUUCCUGCUCAGGUUCAGCACCGACCCGCUGCGGUUACCCGCCAGCGACGGAAAAACACACGGGUCAUGUACCCAUCGAAUGUCCGUAAAUACCUUCCACCAGUUGAGAAGAGUGCUGCCAAGCGCUGGCUGGUGAUCCUGUGCCUGGUGGUGUUCCUGCAGAUCUGGACCGAGGAGGGUGUCAUUGACACUCAGACCGACGGCGCCGUCUCUGACUCGGCGUGCGAAGAGACGACCUUCGCUCAGUACCAGGUCCUACCAUUCCAGUCCGCCGAGGAACAGGCGCGCCAGAUGAGGAGCAUCUCGGUUGAGUCCCAAGUGAACGAGCAGGAGCGUGUUUCCAGCGAACAAAACUCAUGGAGCCUGCUGCUCAACACCACUUGCCCGAGCUGCACUGAAGAAAUCAAGUGCUCGCCUGAGCAAAGCACGAGCCAUGGCUACGUCGUCGCUCUACUGUAUCCAGUUUACCACACGCUGGGAAGCGACAACUAAAAUAACUGAUACCAAGUCGAAAAGAGCCGACAGAGAACAAACUACAACUGCCUCACCUGGUUUUGAGACCAGAUAGGUAGAGGACUCAGGCCCGCCAUGAAGGGCAGACAUCAGAAGCACAUUGAUGGCAAUGGCCUGAGUGUAUCAUAGAUACACACACAAAUUGAAGUGAUUUCGCUGACCUUAUCUUGGAAUGACACUUGAACGGCUUAUAGAUAAAUACUUGAAAUUACUUUGAAGGCAGAAAGGAUAGUUGUUAAAAAAAAAGCCUUACGAGUAGCCUUACGAGUAGACCAUCUUCUAGGUCCUUGCAUAAUUCCUGAAACCUGCUUGAUGAUGUCAUGUUUGACGUUUGUGUGUGUAACACAUUACUACUUAACUGACAGUACUUGAAUUCGAUACUAAUAUUGUUAAUGUUGUUAUAAUUGUUGUUAUAAUAUUGUUUUGUUUUUUAUUUAAAGUUAUUUUAGUUAUUUAUUUAAUAUGUUAUUUAUUUAAUAUUUUGUGCUAAAUUAUUUGUGAACAAUGAACUAAAUAUGAUAAAUUAAAUAUGUGAACUACA